AAGAUAUAUCAUCAUCACCAUCAUCUCCCACGCCCUACAAAACCUUAUGUUUUUCGAAUCUCAUUCGGACCAAACAUCAUGGGUUCUUGCUUCAGCAAGUGCAGGCCCCAGAGGCGCCGUCCCUCCCCGCAAGAGCCGCCGCUCGACCCGUCGUGCUGCAGCAGCAACCUCGUCCAGGACAAGCUCGUGAUCUCCCAACACCCGCCGCCGCCGCCGCCCAAAACCCCCCUCGCUCACCCCAGUCGGAUCUCGCCCUCCCCUCAUUCGCCUUCGAAAUCUUCCUGCUCCUCCUCCGCCACCUUUUCUUCCUCCUCCUCCUUCGCCGCCGGCGCCAAGCCCUGCAGCGUCUCGAGCUCGUCCCUGUCGUCGACCGCGUCCUCCGCCCUCAGCUCCAAGGACCGGUCCUUCUCCAACGACUUCCUGUGGUCCUGCGCCAAGGAGAAUCCGCACAUACUCCAGAUCAACUCGCUCAAGGUGAACUCCCUCUUGUCGCUCGCGGAUAAGUUCCCCGACGUGGAGCUGGGGUCGCCGGCCAAACCGAGGCUCGCGGCACCGGCGAGGCGGGCGGCUCCCUCGAACUCGGCUCAGAAGAGGACUCGAGCGAGCUCGCCGAAUUUGACCCGGCAAAAGAGCUUCAGGGCCGAUCAAUCCAACGGGUCACUACCGAGCGGUACGCACUCUUUGCCUAGGAGGACCUUGAGGUCUCCAUCGCCUAGCCGGAGAUUCGACGGAGGAGAGAAAUGCAGGGGCAUCUUGGUGAAUACGGUGCCCGACGACGGCGGCAGCAAGCGUUUGGUGGCGACCUCCAAGGUGAGUGCUCCUAGUAAUUACGUGGGCGCGAAUUCAAGGAGAGAGAACGUUGUUAGGCCUCCCAGUCCGAGCCCAAACAACAAUCCUAAUCGUCCGAUCCGACCCGGUUUGGUGCAUUCGGAGACUCUCCUUUCUCGCCAAAUCGGUCCCAAAGUCGGUGAAAUCGAGCAGAGAGUCUUGGCCGACCACGACGACAUGAUGGACGCCGUCGAGGACCUUAACAAUCCACUCAUCUCGUUGGACUGUUUCAUUUUUCUGUAAUCAGGAUUGAUGUUCUCUCUUUAUUUUUCCCUCGCAUACACUCAUUUUUUUGUCCUAUGGUGUGCCACGGUUUUUGUGCGUGUGUGUACAUAGACAUGGGUUGGUUUUUGUUUAUUGUUUUUUUUUCCCAAUUUGUAAUCAUUGUUUCGAUUUGUAAUUUGUCAUAAGGUGAAGGGGAUGGCUGGCUUGUGAGGUUCUGUUGUUUUCA